AUGGACAACAACCAGUUGCGUGAUCACUGCUCCAAGCAGCAGCUGCUUGGUCCUACAGACAGCAUGUCCACCUCGCCUGAGCAGAACGGCCUCGAGGAGCCAAACAGCGAGAAAACUGGGCCCAGCUCCCAGCCACUCACUCCAUCUCUCGAGGGCCAGCCGAGCGCCCAGCCUGAACCGACAGUUUGUGACAUCUCAGAGGAGCUGAGCCGGCAGCUGGAGGACAUUAUAAAAACCUAUGGGUCUGCUGCUAGUCUGAUGGAGCAGGAAAGCACUGCUAAAGGCACCGACAAGUCUGAAAAGGGAGAAUCAGCUGGUAACGAGGAUGCAGAAUACGAAGACGCAAACGAGGAGAGUGAGAAAGAAAAGGCAGCUGGGGAUGCUUCAAAAGCAAAAGAGCCCAGUGCCAGCAAGGAGCAAAAGCUGGAGAAGAAAAUCCUGAAAGGACUAGGAAAGGAAGCCACCCUACUGAUGCAAAGCUUGAACAAGCUGAAUACACCAGAGGAGAAGCUGGACCUGUUAUUUAAGAAGUAUGCCGAGUUGCUUGAAGAACAUCGUGCUGAACAGAAAAAGCUCAAGUACCUGCAGAAGAGACAGGCACAGGUCAUCAAAGAGAAGGACCAGCUGCAGAGCGAGCACAGCCGAGCCAUCCUUGCCCGCAGCAAGCUCGAGAGCCUGUGCCGGGAGCUCCAGAGACACAACAAAACCCUCAAGGAAGAAAUGAUUCAACGAGCACGAGAGGAAGAUGAGAAGAGGAAAGAAAUAACUAAUCAUUUCCAGGGCACACUUAGUGAAAUCCAGGCUCAGAUUGAACAGCAAAGUGAAAGGAACAUGAAGCUGUGCCAGGAAAACACGGAGCUGGCGGAGAAACUGAAAAGCAUCAUUGAUCAGUACGAACUCAGGGAAGAGCACCUUGAUAAAAUAUUUAAGCACAGAGAACUUCAACAGAAACUGGUGGAUGCCAAGUUGGAGCAGUCUCAGGAAAUGAUGAAGGAAGCAGAGGAGCGACACCAGAAAGAGAAGGAAUAUCUCCUGAACCAAGCUGCAGAGUGGAAGCUCCAGGCCAAAAUGUUAAAGGAACAAGAGACGAUCCUACAGGCACAGAUCACUCUCUACUCUGAAAGGUUUGAAGAAUUUCAGAAAACAUUGACCAAAAGCAAUGAAGUGUUUGCCAGUUUCAAACAGGAGAUGGAGAAAAUGACAAAGAAAAUGAAGAAGUUGGAAAAGGAUACUGCUACAUGGAAAUCCAGGUUUGAGAACUGUAACAGAGCGUUACUGGACAUGAUUGAAGAGAAAGCCAUGAGGUCCAAGGAGUAUGAGUGCUUCGUAUUGAAAAUCCAGAGGCUAGAGAACCUGUGCAGAGCUCUGCAGGAAGAGAGGAAUGAACUAUACAAAAAAAUAAAACAAGCCCAGUUCCCUGAAGAGACAAAUGAAAAUGACAUCUCAGAAGAAGAUACUGAUACAAGCCCCUCCUCCUCUGAGAAGACUGGUAUUGAGCUGCCCACUACUGAUCAGAAUAUGCUGAAGGAUCUGGCUGAAGCUUUCAUGGUGUCCCACAAUGCAGAGAAGUCCCUCCCAAGUGAGAACAGCACUACAGAGACCUGUGACACUCAAACAUGUAAUGCUCUUUCUCCUAUGGCACCAGAGGUUGCCUCUCAUCUCACCCCAUGGUCAGAGGCCUGGAGUCAUUCUGAGCAGCCCAGCACAAGUGCACCAACACCCACGGAACAUGCACCAGUGCUCGUGCCCACUGGGAGCACACCAGCACCCACUGAAAACAUGACAAUGCCCACCGAGAACAUGCCAAAGCCCACCAGAAACAUGUCCACGCUCCCAGGAAGAGCGCAAACACCCACAGAAAAUGUGCCUGUACCUGCUGAGAGCAUGCCAGGACCCACCGAGAAUAUGCCAAAGCCCACUGAAAACAUGCCAGCAACCCCAAAAAGCAUGCCAAAACCCACUCAGAACAGGCCUGCUCCCUUUGGGAACAUGCCAAAGUCCACGAAAAGUGUACCAAAAGCUGCAGAAUGUGUGGAAGAUCCAGUGGAGCAGCCUGUUCAAGGUCAAUCCACAGAGCAAGCAGGAGAUACAGACAUGGAAGCAGUAGAUUGAAGACAUUCGUG